UCUCGAACGAGUGUUUGACCACAAUCAUGGCGUUGCGCCAACUGGCGGCGCCAUCGACGACAGCUCGACCUCGUGGGGCUUCGUUUGGGUCGGAUGUGUCCGACGAGGACAAGACCAAGAUCCAGCCCACGACCGCAUCAGUGUCGACGACGGCUGCGCCUAGCCUCGUCCGCCGCGCAUCGUCGAAGCGAUGGUAUUCAGACUCGGAUGACGAGGGCGGCGGUGGCGACGACAACUACGCGAACAACCAAGCGGGGUCCAUGUCUUCGCUGCAAGCAUCUUCGAUUGCGUCGGCAGCAUCGUCGUCCACUUCGGCCAUGCAUCGGCGUGCAUCUGCAUCUGCCUUCAUACCCAGUCGAGCAGGCACCAUUACCGAGAAAGCGCCACCACCACCAGCACUGGACUUGACAGCGCCACCCGCAACAGGAUCACUUCCAGAUAUACCACGACCGGUGUCUGGCUUCCACAAACUCGUGCAAAAGACCAAGAUCCUGUCGCCGUUUCGGUCGAAAUCGUCAAAGCACCUCAAUGGAGCUGCUGCCAACCAACCCCACGACGACCACCCCCCCGAUUCAGCCCCAGUUGCAUCUUCAGCUGGUCCUGUCCUCCAGCGGCGGCACUCGUCACGCAUGAUAUUACGCGCGUCGUCUACGGACACGCCGCUCGCCCCCACGCCCGAAGACGAGCCCGACGAUGCGUUUCAACUGAACGUCCUGCACGCCUUAAGCCCUGGGCGAGGCGCGCUCGGAGGUGCUAUCCCUGGGGUGCCUGGCUCGGGGGUGUUGUUGGAAGGCUGGCUGCGUCAAAAGCAAAGGCGGGGUCUCCGAGGCCUCAAAGCGUGGAAUUCGCGGUAUUUUGUGCUGUUCAAGAACCCUAACGAGAUGCGAUACUACACGGACGUGGUGCAGAGCGGAUGGGGGCCCAUUCCGUUGAACGAACUCGGGUGCAUUUCGCUGCGAUCGAUUCAGCGCAUCUCCAAGCCAAGCCACCCCAAGUACAAAGGGUGUCGAUUUGACAUCACGUGCCGCCUGCCGUCGACGACUGCGGCCACCACGGGCGACUACGAUGUCGACGGGUUGGUUUCUAGCGGAGAUGAAAGGGACAAACCAGCCUCUAAAACCACACCCAGAGCCACGAGAGAGUUCUGCUUGGUGUCGGACUCCCCCCAAUCCACCGUGACAUGGGUAGCCAUGCUGGACUCGCUUCUCACGCGCAGCGUCAACAGUCCACGGCCCGAAGCUGUGGGCGGCCGACGUGGGAGCAGCAGCAAUACCAAUUGCAACCAAAACCACAAUACCAGUGGCGGCGGAGGGUCGUUGAAAGCAUUGAUCACGCAAAACAACAUUCGACAAAAAGCCGCCCUCGGAGGGUUUGGAGCGAUGACUAGUACUACUACGACGACUACUACUAGUACCCCGUCGUCUGGGGUGUCGACGACGACCCCAAGAACCCCGCAGCCAGCACUUGCCCAUGUAUCGCCAAGGGCGGCUGUGACAGUGUUCAGUUUACCCCACGAUGUCGUGCCCAAAGCGAUUGUGUUGGCGAUUGAAUACAUUUUUGAAUCAUUUCCAGGUAUUGAAACCGAACACUUUUACUCGACAACUGUGCCGCCGCCAAGUCGUCUGCAGGUACAAAGCUAAAAAUCUUUGCUUGUGUUAGCCAUCACCACUCACUCGGUGGUGAUGACUAAUAUUAUUCGAUCGGACACAUAUAUAUAUAUAUUUCUGGCAGAGUGUGGCGUCGUUUUUGAACCAGUGCGCGAUCGAGCAGCGCAAACCUACCCGCAACGAAUGGGAGGACGAGCUGGACGUGGUCACGGCGGGUGCGGUGGUGAUGCUGUGGCUCAGCCAAUUAGAAGGCCCGAUUGUACCUGUCGACAUGUACCACGCGUUUCGGCAUGUGAUGGCGGAAGGUGCGACGGCGCCGUUCGAGUUGAUGCGAAACUUGAAAAGUUUACUCAGGACCUUGCCUCCCACACCAUUCAAACGGAUGGCGUUUUUGAUUUUCCACUGGAACGAUGUGACAGUGUAUGAAGCCAAAAAUAAACUGACGGCGGCGGUGCUGGCGCGCCUGUUUGGCCGGUUUGUGUUUCGAAAUGGUACGGACGACGACGAGACCGAGCACGAUAUGAUGCAGUCGUUGGUCGAGUACCUGAUCACCCACGCCGACGUGUUGAUUGAUGAAAACGAAGCCGAACUCCUCGACUGAAGCGCCUGAUACUACUACUACAGCACUGCUUUGAAAUAGAUACUAUAUGGAAUCGAAUAAUAUAUAGUAGUACUGUAUUAAAUUU